AUGACCUCUCACACACCUCCCCCCGCCACUUCCACCGGUACUCCUGUAACUCAUACUCUCUCCAACUGGCUGGAAGAACUCACUCCCCAGUCCAUUCCCGCCGAAGUCCGUGAACGAGCCAAAUACCUCAUUCUCGAUGGAUUGGCCUGUGCUCUGCUGGGGGCACGACUCCCCUGGUCCGUCAAGGCCCAUGAUGCCAUCACUGCCAUUGAGGGAGAGGGCAAAUGUACCGUGAUCGGAUGGAAUGAGACCCUCCCUCCCAAUGCCGCCGCCCUCCUGAACAGCACCUUCAUUCAAGGCUUCGACCUCGACGACAUCCACAUCGAGGCCCCCUUGCACAACAUGUCCGUCAUCGUCCCAGCAAUCCUCGCAGCCGCAGAACAGGAGCAGGGCAGUUCGACUCGCCCUAUCAGCGGCAAAGACUUCCUCACUGCCACAGUUGCCGGCUGCGAAACAGGACCCCGAGUAGGCUACGCCCUGGGCGGAACACACAUGCUCACAAUCGGAUGGCACUCCGGUGCCAUCUUCGGCCCUGCUGCAUCUGCCGCAGCUGUCUCCAAGCUGUUAAAUCUUCCCGCCGCGCAGAUCGAAGAUGCCCUGGGCAUGGCGUGUACACAGGCCUGCGGACUUAUGUCCGCGCAAUUCGAGAGUAUGGUGAAGCGCAUGCAGCAUGGGUUCGCAUCGCGGAGCGGAGUACUUGCCACAUACCUGGCAAAGCAGGGAUUCACGGGAAUCAAGGAGAUCUUUGACCGCGAGUAUGGUGGUUUCUUGAAGAUGUUCUCGCUCGGGGCGGAGACUGAGCCCAAGUUUCACCCAGAAGAAAUUUGUAAGGGAUUAGGGGAGGUGUGGCAGAUCAAGAAGAUCAAGCAGAAGCUGCAUGCAUUGUGCGCAGUGACGCAUUGUACAGUAGAUUGUGUUAAGGAUAUUCAGGCCGAGCAUCCUGCCAAGAUGGGCGAGUGGAAGAAGAUCAUCAAGAUCGAAGCAGAGAUGGCGAGGGCUGCGAUGAAGAAGGGUGGUUGGGCGCCGGAGAAGCCGGCUACCGUCACAGCGGCGCAAAUGAGUAUACCGUACGCGGUGGCAUUGCAGGUCGUGGAUGGGGAGAUUGUGCCGGGGCAGUUUGCGCCGAGUAUGUUGAACCGGGAGGAGCUGUGGGAUGUGAUUGGAUUGGUGGAGUGUCGGGAGGCUAAGGAGCUGGAUAAUACGUGGGCGCAGAGGGUCAAGAUCACGUUUGAGGAUGGGGAGGUGCUGGAGAAGUUGCUGAACGCGCCCAAGGGAGUCCACCCCGGGGUGACCAAUGAGGAGGUGUUGGAGAAGUGGCGGGCUGUGACGAAGGGGGUGAUUCCGGAGGAGAGGCAGAAAAAGAUCGAGGAGGUGGUGUUGAACUUGGAAGAGGUGGAGGAUGUUGCGGGUGUUUUGGGCGAGUUGUUGAGGGGAGAGACGGUGAAUGUGCUGCAAUAGAAGAUUACCCCUUUCGGACGGGGAUGGCUUCAUAUUUCCCAAGCGAUGUCACGCCAUACCAAAGACUUAUUUACCCGGUGCCUGAGCAGAUCUCUACUUGUUAAACAAUGCCAAUGUUCGUAUUGUUG